AUGUCACGGAAGACUGCCAGCCAAAUCAUUCCCAGAUCCUGCCGUUGGCUUGUAGCCACACGUAGCCGUCGCCGGAUCAUUAUCCGUAUUCUUAUUGUCUUGCUGCUGGGCCCUGUUCUCUUACAAUGGGCUCUAGCAUAUCUUUUGGGUGGCGAUGCACGGCUGCUUCCACAUGAGCUGCAACAUGCUCACAGCAUCUUGUUCGUGACGGCGCAUCCCGACGAUGAGUGCCUCUUUUUCGCACCAAGCAUUCUAGGUGUGCUGGAGAGGGAUCAUAACAUUAGGGGUGGACUGUUAGUUAUGUCUGUUGGUAACAACUACGGGAUAGGCGAGAAGCGGAAACAGGAACUGAAAGGAUCAUGCGACGCUCUCGGAAUCGAUCCGUCAAGAUGUGUGGCGUUGGACCACCCUAAGCUUCAGGACAACCCUACAGUUUGGUGGGAUACGGCUCUUAUCCAGUCCAUCCUAGAAGAUUAUGUCCGCAAGUGGGACGUUAGCGCUGUGAGCCUGAUGCACCUAGGUGUUUCCUCCCAUUGGGCAAACAUUGACUUAUUUAAGAUUGUCACAUUUGAUGAGAAUGGCGUCUCUGGGCACAUUAAUCAUCGCGCAGUAAGCGCUGCUGUAAAGUACGUGCAUUUUCAUGGGUGUUCUUUUGACUAUUCAAUGCCGCAAACCCCCGCUUACGGUUAUGGCUGUUUCUAG